AUGCAUAUUUUACUUCUUAGAACGUCUUUAUUCACUGAGGAGCAAGCUCAGAGGCUGGUUGAUGAGCACAAUUACUAUCGGCGAUUUCAGAAUGCUUCAGACAUGGAAAUGAUGAUUUGGGAUCAGGACUUGGCGGAUGCGGCUCAAGAAUGGGUAGAGAGCUGCGAGUGCUCCGCAUUAUGUGAACAUGGCUUUUCUCCUGAUACUAGUGGUCGAUACGGAAACAAGCCUUGGUUUCAUCUUGGGUUCAAUGACGAGCAAAGAUUUGGACAAAAUUUGUAUUUUUCUUUUAUGGACAACGAAACUAUCACAAGUGACCCGAUACGCCAGUGGCACGGGGAGAUAAGAGCGUAUAGUUAUGGAUCGCGAACUUUUUUAGCGCCUGAGCUUGGAAGGCAAACUGACGAACAGUGCCGACCUGGUGCAGUUUGUGGCCACUACACGGCACUUGUGUGGUCGACCUCGACUCGCGUCGGUUGCGGGUAUCAUGUUUGCGAGGGAAUGACGAAUGUCAAUUGUCAUUAUGGCCCGCCUGGUAAUAAGGGAAUAAUGCCCGUCGGAAUUGGAAGGAAACCGUUUCGCAAAGGUGGGCAAUCUUGUGAGGACUGUGAAUCUGGCCAUGGAUGGUGUGAUGAUGGUCUUUGCAUUGAAUGUCCCGAUGGAAAUUGCGACUGCCCGAUAGAAUGCAAAAACUGUGGAAUUCUGGACGAGGACACCUGUCAAUGCAUUUGUGCACCAGGAUGGGAUGGAAUUGCGUGCCAAAGACCUUGCGAUAAUAUGGAAGAAUCCUGUGGAGCUAGCCCUGGAGUACCGCUUAGCAUGGCUUGCACAACCGAUGAAUACCCACGAUUCCCGAAUUUUCUCUGCCGCCACGCUUGUGAUUAUUGUCAGUCUGUUGACCAGGCAACAACUGUGUCGUCACUUUGUUGUGGUGGAAAAUUGUGCUAUAAUGAGGGCUACUUGGACGAAGAAAAUUGUGAAUGUGUUUGUCCGUAUGGAGGGCGUUCUGAAGACUGCAAGACUGAAGAAAUGCUAACCACGAAAGCACCAGAACCUGAUCGACAAAACAACUCCGAAAAAGGAGGAAAGUCAGUAGCUUCUCAACAAGCACAUGAUGAUCCCGAGUCACAAAAACAGAUCAGCGGCUGUAAUGGGAUGAAGUUCUCAGUUUUCAUGGUCACUGUAUCUUAUUUGUUCGCAUAG